AAAAAACCGAUUCAACUACGAGUUUCCAAGGCGAGCCAGUCUACACUUAGGGAAAUAGCAUCAAUCAUGCAAUCUAUCUGCCUCCAAGAUCUGACGACUCUCUCAAUCAACAUCAAAGGUACCAACAUCUGGGACAUCAAUACUUUCUGCGAAGUGUUCACACAAGCACAUGGUCUGAAGUAUGUACGCCUUUACGAUUUUGCUACAGUGCUUUUCUGCAUACUUCUCGCUCGGGAUUCACACUCGAAACAAGUGAGGAAUGAGACAGACGUACAACGCAGCGAGGGGGCUCUUUUCCCCAACCUUCAGUACAUGAUGAUGAUGCAAGUUUCAUUCUCAUUGGUCUACGACCUCGACGAUACACCGUUCCUCCCGCUACGAGAGCUCCUCCCUCGCACGCUUCAAGAGCGUAAGGCCCUGGGCGUUCCGCUGCAGUCGCUUGACAUCAGAACCCAUAAUCCGAUGUCGAGGAAGUUGUUAGACGAACUGAAAGAGAUUGUGCCGAUAGCGCAUUGGUGGUCGCUGUAGUCGAAGCUCAACAGAGAAGGUCACGUCUAAGUAUGCAGCAUGCCGCGUUAGACGUUGAUAUCAAAUAAUAAACAAAUAUCGUCAGCGUUCGUAGUCACCUCUGCCGCCGUCUAUUCUCAGACCCUCUGUGCUCGAGUAUGCGUUGCCUUGUAGAAGUCUAGCGUGACCGGCGUAUUUAACUCAAAGCUGGCGAUAGGGUUUGGCGUCUAACAAUGCGAGGUUCGUAACGGAGGGGUCUCGAUCUACGAAUACAUACCGCACAUAACAAAGAGCUUGCUGAUCGAC